GUGCGAGGACAGUGUUGCUAGCUUUGAUACAUUGCGAGUUUUGAGCUGUCUUCACUCGCCUAGACUCCGCUAUUCGUGCUAUAGUUAUAAGAUUUUGCUGUGACCUUGAAACCAGCAAUUUGGAAAGGCUAACACGGAUAUGGAAUGGCAGGAACCAUGGUCAUCAAAUAAUUAUUCUCACGGAUCACCUACAUAUAGAACUCUGACCAAAAUAUACGCUCCAUGCAAUACUUUUCACCAGAAAUAAUUCCGUUUUAUGUCCAAUUUGUUAUUUCUACAGUUUUUCUUUCUCCGUUGUAGGAACUGGUGACAAAUUUCGGUGUGUUUCUUCCAGUUGCUGUUAGACCGUUGGUAAUGUGUACACUAGCGCACAGAAAAAACAAAAAAACAAAAACAAAAGAAGGUGACAUUGAUGACAACACUGUCGUCUAGACGUCGCGUAUAGUAGCGACGUGUGCAGGUCCAUGUUUGUCGAAAAAUAGGCACCGAAGUACGACGUGUGCCAAUAUGGAAGGUGGAAUACAAGUUUUGUGCCGGUGACGAUUCAUGUAUGAUAAUAGUUCCAUCUGGAUGACAUUUUUUCCGAAUGGUCUGCUACGGUAACCAAAGUAUUUCCAACAGGAAGUGAGCACAUAAUUAUAUGCUGAAAAAUGAUUCCUAUGACACACAAGGAUCCAGCUCACUCACUGGGGUCUCGAAUAAAAGAAAAACUUAAUGGCUGGAUACGCCUGAUAUUCUCUGACCGCAACUCACGAAACCUGUUUCUUUUCUUGCUUUUGAAUCUGUCAUUUGCAUUUGUAGAGCUGUCAUAUGGAAUUUGGACCAAUAGUUUGGGUCUUAUUUCAGAUUCAUUCCAUAUGUUCUUUGAUUGUACAGGUCUGUUGGCAGGCCUUGCUGCUACAGUUAUUACAAGGUGGAGAGCAAAUGAUAAAUUUUCAUAUGGUUAUGUACGUGCUGAAGUUUUAGCUGGUUUUGUUAAUGGAUUAUUUCUUCUAUUUAUUGCAUUUUUCAUUAUGUCUGAAGCUGUGGAAAGAGCUAUUGAGCCACCAGAAGUAAAACAUGAGCGGCUCUUCGUUGUCUCACUACUUGGUCUUUUAGUAAAUCUGGUUGGGAUAUAUGCUUUCCAGCAUGGUCAUGGUCACUCUCAUGGUGGAGGCAGUAGUCAUGGGCAUUCACAUGGAGAGGGAGGACAUGCACAUCCUCAUUCCCAUGGUGCAAACCACCAUAUGCACAACCAUGAUUCUGGUGACUUUACAGGCAGUGACUCUCAGAUCAUGAAAGGAGUAUUUUUACAUAUUUUGGCAGAUACACUGGGUAGUGUUGGAGUCAUCAUAUCCGCUGUAUUGAUGCAGAUGUUUGGGUGGAUGAUUGCAGACCCAAUCUGUUCCAUGUUUAUUGCCAUAUUGAUUGCAAUUAGUGUCCUAGCAUUAAUCAAAGAAUCUGUGUUGAUUUUGAUGCAACGGCAGCCACCCGCAUUGGAUGCUGCAUUACCUCAGUGUUAUCAAAAGGUGAUGCAGUUAGCAGGGGUGUAUAGUGUUCAGGAGCCCCAUUUUUGGACUUUAUGUAGUGAUGUAUAUGUGGGUGCCCUUAAACUUGAAGUGUCAAAAGCAUCAGAUCCAAAGUAUAUAGUGAGCCAUACUCAUAUGAUAUUUGCUGCUGUUGGUGUCAAACAGCUUUAUGUUCAAUUGGACUAUGCCAACAUGUGAUCAUGUCGUGACACAGGUGACUACAUCUUUUCAUUACCCAGAUCACUGCCAAUCCUUCAGUGUGGAGUGUGUUAUCACAGAUGGCUGGCACUAGUUCUUGGAGCAUCAUGGUGCAAGGAAAUGUUGAUGCAGCUUACCAGUCUUUCCAGGCAAUGGAAGUUUACUAGAGUGAAAGCUGCAAAGACUCGAUCCAUGGUGGUGUGACUAUACUCGUCACUUAUUGACAGUAUUAUACAGUCCUGAUAUGUCAAAAAUUGGGUACAUUACUUAAACUCUAUCUGCUUACAUUCCUUUGUGCAUUUGUUUAUAGAAACUGUACAAAAUGAGGAGUCAUAUAAGGACAAUGUGAAAAUAAAUACUUCCAGAAGAUUGUUCAUAAGCAAGAUCGCCUAAAGACUUUUAAUAUAAUUGUAAUUACUAUAAAAUGGUGUGAUCGUACAUAGGUAUAUAUGAAAAUAAUGCAAGCUAUAAGUUAUUAACUGCAUUUAUUUAUAAUACACUAUGCAUUUUAUGAA